AGCCACCGUUCUUCUACUGUGCGGUUUAGUCUGCCACGCUGCACCGGUGCGCCUUCCACGUAUACGUGCCGUGUUCACAUAGGUACGGGCUCGUGAAUGCUGUACACUUCCUACACAAGAAAAGGCUGCAAUCCGAGAGUAUACCAUGUCUACUGUGGUCGAAGGGCUGCGAAGAUCCGUCAGAAUUCAAGAAAAACUGGCAUCGCAAAACAAGACCCUGUCCGACGAAAACAGAGGUCCAAACGUCAGCGCCAACAACGUGUCGGCAAGGAAAGGUACUCCGCGCGUGGGUGACGUUUCUUCCCAACGCAAGAAGGUCAACGUCGGCACAAACACCCAAGACAUCCUAGAGGGCGUCAAGAAGCUGUCUCUUCAGGAGUCCCAGCAAAAACAUACCAAGAGUAAGACGCUGAAGUUCAAGGGCUUGGACACAAUCCUCGAAGGCAACGAACAGGGAUCUACGGUAGAGGGCGCACAAAGAAAAGUUUCAAAGUCGAGGAAGAGUAUUCCCUUGCAAGACGUGUCAAACGAAGGAAAGAAGAAAAUUCCUCGGUCAACCUCCCUCAAAGAUGCGUCGGCUGUCAAGAAGACUGCCAAGGCUCUUCUCAACGCCUGCGGAGGAACGCUGGAGCCUUCUUUUACUCAGUUCGAACAGCAAUUGUUCUCCGAUAACGCGACGCAGAGCACUCCCAUCACGUCGCUGGAAACAAGUUCCGGGUAUAACACAAGCAUGCAGCUUGGUCUGUCGCAUCGAAGGAAUCGCAGAAGCUCAAUGGUACCAUUAGAAGUAGCACAUAAGGGAUCACGAGGGACCCGAAAACAUAAAGCUGAUUGAAACGCUACCUUGCUGCAAUUUACGGUAUUUUAAUGUACGACAUUCGAGUUUUUAUUAAUUUAAAGGAGACUGAUCAACUUUAAUAAAUGUGUCCUGUGA